AGAGAGAGAGAGGGGGGAAGUUGAGGGAAAUUACCGAAAUGGAAAAGGUGAAGAAAGAAUAUUUGGUCAGAUUUUUCAUUCAUCACAUUGAUAGAUCAUUCAUGAAUUCCAUUUGGGUUUGAAGAUUCUCUUGGUUUUUCAAUUCAGUUUCAUCUUGCCAUAUCAACACUUUGAUGAUCAAGAUUCAAGAACAAACGAUGAAAUUUUAACCCUUUUCCCCCUCAAGUUCUUGGUGAAAUCGGUCGUAAUCAUCGUCUUUUUUAAAUCAAUUGUCGAUAUCGUUUCUUUAUAAUUUCUGGGUUUUGAUUAAAAAGUUUUGGGUCAUCGUUUUUGGGUUUGAUUAGUUUAUUAAAAGGGAAAAAAAACAGAACACACGCAUAGCACCAGAGAAACACUGUGUGUGUGUGUGUAAUUUUUAUAUAUAAAUUAAAAAAAAAUUCAAUCCGUUUUGCAUUUAUAAAAAAUAUAUAUAUUGGUAUGCCGGAUAAUCGGCGUGUUCAGAGGAAUGGUGGCGUCGCUAAUUCUUCUUCCAAUCCUGUUCAUAACAUUGAAGAAGCUGUAAGGCCAUUGAGAAUUCAGACGGAUGGGAAAGCCGAUGGGACUGCGAUGGCUGGUUCGAUGGCGUACCCGGAUCGGCCUGGUGAACCUGAUUGUAUAUUUUAUUUAAGGACUGGCAUGUGUGGCUAUGGAAAUAGUUGUAGGUUUAACCAUCCAACCCACAUUGGGCAGGCCAAUUAUCUUGGAGGUGAGCUCCCGGAAAGAGUUGGAGAGCCAGACUGUGUGUAUUUUCUAAAGACUGGUACUUGCAAAUUUGGAUCGACUUGCAAAUACAACCAUCCUCGUGAUAGGCGUGGUGCUGGACCAGUCGUGUUGAAUAUGGUUGGGCUACCUAUGCGGCAGGAAGAGAAGGCAUGCCCGCAUUACAUACGAACUGGAUCAUGUAAAUUUGGAGUUGCAUGCAAGUUCCAUCAUCCGCAGCCAUCGCUCGAUGGAUCAAUUUCAUAUGCAUCAACACUUGUACCUUCAUCUGGUUCACCACCUCAUAUCAGUGGUAUUUCUGCAUGGUCAUUACCUAGAGCAACAUAUGUUUCUGAUCCUCUCUUACAGACUCCUCAAACUUACUUACCAAUUGUUCUUCCUCAUUCUCAAGGCAUUGGCCCCACACAAGGUUGGAGCACUUAUAUGGGAAGUCUGAGCCCAGUAAGCUCGGCCAGCAUCUUUGGUGGUUCGGGUUCCAUUGACCAGGCCUAUCCGUUAACAUCUGCUUCUAAUCUGCCUGAACGGCCUGGAGAACCAGAAUGUCGUUAUUUCAUGAACACUGGGAACUGCAAAUAUGGAUCAGACUGCAAGUAUCAUCACCCGAAGGAAAAAAUUGCUCAAAUGGCUGCUAGUUCACUGGGCCCACUCGGCCUUCCUCUGAGACCUGGGCAAGCGGUGUGUUCGUACUAUAGCCUUUAUGGAAUCUGCAAGUUUGGGCCAACUUGUAAAUACGAUCACCCAUUGGUGGGAUAUUCAUAUAAUUACGGGAUAAGUAUGCCAAUCGUGGAUCCGUCGGUGUUCCCGUACGGUGGGGGAAGACAUUCAUCGGCAGCGUCUUCCCCUUCGAAAAGGAAAGGUGGUUCGCGAUCUCCGUCACCUGAAAAUGCUGCAUCUCCUUCACAUUCAGGAUCAAUCUGAUUGAUGUCACAUUGCUUCAUUUGAUGGUGUGUUGUUAAAGAGAAUUGAGUUGGGUUUUUGAGAGGUGAAUUUGAAGGAUGGAUUUGUUUUUGGUUUUUGAAUAAAAAGGGAAAAUUGUUAAAACUUUAUUUGCUGAUAUUACUUCCAUUUUUAUUUGGUAUCAACUGUUUUUUCU